AUAAAUGUUUCUGUAAAGUGUGCACGGACAGUUCACAAUGUUCGGAGGGAAAUUCUCCAUUGUCUGGCUAUUGGCCCUCCUCUGUGUUUUAGUGAAGCUGACGGAAGGCGGCGAAUGCUGCAGGUCGCAUUAUGACGUCACAGGUCAUGUUAUGACUGAACGUUGGUGUGAUAAUUACUGCUGUAUCCAAGGUAACAUGUACAGCUGCUGUAACAAUUGGUUCUUGCGCGCACCGGCUCGGGACAGAUCUACCUUCUGUGUCAACUGGUUCACUCGCCAUAUGUGGGUACCGAUCCUGGUGGCGCUGAUCAUUAUCGGCCUGUUGAUUGGCUGCGGAGUGUGCUGCUGUUGUUUGUGCUGUUAAGAAUGACAUCACAAAACAGUUGUGUGACGUAGUGGAGAGUGUGCCGCUUAUCUAUCAACCCUCAACACUGGUGUAUGACGUAAUUGGACAAUGAUGAUGAGAGAAAAAGCAUGACACGAAAACGUUAUUUGCUAGCAAUUGCAUAUUCAUUGAUUUAAAGUUUUAACGUGUCAUUCUGAAACGAAUAUGGAGUUACUUGUUCGAUGGGAAAUAAAAUCAUU